AUGGUAUGUGCCAAUGCGCAAGUGCGCAUGUGCGCAUGUGCCGGUAUUGGCGAGGACUUGUGUUUACAGGUGUUUACAGGUUGGGGCGCAGGUCCGCAGCGCGUGCAGCACCGCCAGCCCCUCCUGUUCCUCCUGCCUGUGCCUUUGGCUUUCCAGCUUUCCGACCCUCUGCUGGACUCUCAGCCAGAGCAGAUGACCUGGGGCCUGCUGGCCAGCAUCUGCAAGACAGUUGUGAUGUCCACCAGCAUGUCCACCACCUGCUGUGGUGGCACUCUGCCUCGCCACAGCAAGUGGGUGGCCGGGGACCCACUGGGUCUGCCCCUCACUGCUGGCCUUGGGGCUGCCGAUGGUGGCAGUGCAGCUGGAGUGGUGCUGGUGCAGGGGCUGACUGGGUUGAACACAGGUUCUCAGGCAGGGCCCACCCCGGAGGCCCAGGCGGCCACCCGCAUCCAGUGUGCCUUCCGGCAGCACCUGGCGAGGCAGGCGCUGGCCCUGCGCAGGCAGGAGCGGCAGGAGUACCUGGAGCGGAUGGAGAAGCUGCAGAGGGAGGCCUACCUGGCCUCGGUGCGCCGGGAGCAGGAGGCCGCGCGGCGACAGCGGCAGCAGGAGGAGGCGGCGCAGCGCGAGCGGCAGGAGGAGCUACGGCGCCGCGGUCGCCUGCUGGACGCCGCCUUCGAGGGCAACGUGGGCGAGAUCCGGGCCGUCCUGCAGGAGGUCAGUGGGGCGCGGCGGGCGCGGCGGCGCCAGGUGGAGCAGCUGCUGACCCGCGAGGGCGUGGGCCACGACGAGGAGGGCCGCGCGCGGCGGCUGCGGCGACGCGUGGCCACGGUGGAGUGCGAGGACAGCCACGGGAACACGCCGCUGUCCGAGGCGGCCGCGGGCGGGCAGGCCCUGGUCAUCCAGCUGCUGGCCGAGCUGGGCGCCAGCCCCAACAGCAAGGGCGCCUUCGGCAGAACGCCGCUGUACCGGGCAGCCUUCGGGGGCCACCUGGAGGCCGUGGAGCUGCUUCUGAAGCUCGGAGCAGACCCCCGAGUGUACGCAGACGACGGGAGCACCCCGGAGCAGGUGGCCUCGCUGGACGCGGUAGCUAGCGUGCUGCAGACUUGGGACCUGGGCCUCACAGAGGCCAUGCUCCAGAACAUGGAGGCUGAGCAGCAGCGCCGGGCCCAGGAGGAUGAGAGACACAAGCAGGCGGAGGCCAAACGCUUGAACCUCAAGGUGCAGCAACUGGCCAAGGAGCAGCAGCGGUGUCACAAGGAGCUGCAGCAGGCCUACUGCGAGCUCAACCGGAGGAUCACGGAGCACGAGGAGUGUGAGCACCAGUGCAUGGGCAGGACUGAGCUCACGCUGCAGGCCAUAAAGGACUCAGAGGCCCAAGUGGACAGGCUGAGGCAGGAGGCACAGAAGGCGGAAGAGAUGCUGGCCAUGGCCAGGCUGGAGCUGCGGGAGCAGACGCAGGAAGAGGAGGAGGAAGCGCCUGGACUGAAGUGUCAGGUCACAGAUCUCCAUGACGUGCUGAUGAAGGACGUGGGUGACCGCAUCCGUGCUGAUGGCCGGUCAGUGCUGUCUGGGCAUGGGUGGCCUCUUGUCAUCGACCCUUCGGGCCAGGCAGCCACCUUCCUGCGCUACCAGGAUACCAACUAUGUGGAUGCUGUGAACCCAGAGCACCUGAGGCCUGAGAGAAUCCGACUGGCUCUGCUGGGGGCACUCAGGUAUGGGAAGCCACUGGUGUUCGACCUGCGGGAGGUGGACCUGUUCCCUGCAGUGCAGCAGCAGCUGGAGGCGGUGCAGCCUGGUCUGGCCCCAGCACUGCUCAGCCGGGAGUUGCUGGCCCAGGACCGGUACCUCUCCCUGCUUCGGCCCACGGAUGGGCCCGAGUACGGCCCCACCCAGUUCCAGGAGGCUCGCCUGGCCCACUUUCGUCUCUUCUUCGUCACCCAGGUCCAGUGGCCACCUGUGGAGCAGCUGCAGGUGCUGCUCCCUGUGCGGGUACAGCUGCCCCACUAA